UCAUAUUUCCAUUUAAAACAAAAGAAAGCAAAACAACAAGAAGGCAACAAAAGGUUUAUUUUGAGAUGAAAAUUUGCAGGUGGAUGCAUGAGGUGAAGGCAGUGAUAUUAAUGGUGGUGGUUCAGUUCUUCUUGGCUGGGCUUAAUGUGUUGUACAAAUUGGCAACAUAUGAUGGUAUGAGCUUGAGGGUGAUUGUCUCCUACAGAUUCAUUUUCGCCACUCUCUUCUUGAUUCCUCUUGCUCUCAUCUUUGAAAGGAAGAAGAGGCCUAAGCUUACAUGGACUAUACUGUUUCAAGCUUUUCUCUGCGGCUUUUUUGGGGGAUCGUUGUGUCAAAAUCUGUAUUCUGAAAGUUUGGUGUUAACGUCUGCAACAUUUGCUUCUGCUAUGGCUAAUCUUAUACCAGCCGUCACUUUCAUCUUGGCUGCUUCUUUUGGGCUGGAGGAGAUGGGAAUAUCAACUCUAGCAGGAAAAGCAAAAGUGGUGGGAACAUUAAUGGGUAUCACAGGAGCAAUGUUGCUAACAUUUUGCAAAGGAGCAGUGAUCCACAUCUGGUCAAAACAGGUCAACCUGAUGAAACUUAUUACACCUAAUGGACGCCACGCGGCAGCAUCAAAUGGCAGCCUUGUACUGGGGUGUAUAUUUGCCAUGGGGACUUGCUUGUCAUUUUCUGUGUGGUUAAUAAUUCAAGCUAAAAUGAGUGCAAGAUAUCCAUGUCCGUACUCAAGCACAGCUCUAAUGUCUACAAUGGCAGCAAUUCAAUCUGCUGUUUUUACGAUCUGCGUAGAAAAAGACUGGAGCCAAUGGAGAUUGGGCUGGAACAUCAGGUUGUUUACUACAGCUUAUUCAGGAAUAGUUGUGCAAGGCAUGAAUAUAACUUUCAUGAUAUGGUGUGUGCGGAUUAAGGGUCCAUUGUUUACAACUUCUUUUUAUCCCCUGAUGCUUCUGUUCACUGCCUUGGCUGGAUCUCUGCUUCUUGACGAGGAAUUACACCUUGGAAGCAUAAUAGGAUCGACUUUCAUCGUGUGCGGAUUAUAUGCAGUAUUAUGGGGUAAAAAUUCAGAGACGAAGAAAACAUCUCUACUCAUUCCGUUGAAAAACUCGGAAGAAGUUGAAACCACAGUUAUAACUAGUAAGAGUGACAAUGUUGAAAAUUUAUCAUCAGAAAAGUUGCAUGGAAAAGAAGAAAAAGAAAAGGAAAGUGAAGAGAAGGUCCCUGUUGAUUGGCGGUGAGAGUUUUAUUUUGGACCUGGGUGAUGAGAGGGAUGAUGGCUAUGCUUAUAGAUCAGAGGACUCCUUGCUGUGUGAUAAUAGCAUCUCAGGAUCCUACCGCUAUGCUCGGUGAUCUCCGCUCCUGUCAGUCGUUAAUGGGCUAUUAGCUCUAAUGUGUCAUCUUCCUUGUGUGCUUCUUCCCUAUGGUUGAUUCUUAUGGAUCAAGAGUCUUCCUAUUUUUCUUUUUCUCAAGCAACAAGCUUACUCCUAUGGCGCUUGUGGACUAUUUAGAUAGUGUAAGAUUCGAUUUAACAGGUUAGACCGUUGAUCCAGGAUUGAUUCUAUUAGGUUACUCCAUAUUUAAUCUUGAGAAUGAGAAUAUAAAAAAAAAACUAUCAGGGAUUCACCGAGAAUGCCUCUAGUGGAAAUCCUUUGACACUUAAAUUAGAUCAAAAAUUAUUUGAAAUUUAUUAAUAUAAAGAGAAAAUAAAAGAAAAUAAAUAGUAAAGUAUUUAAAAAGAAAUCUUUAAAAAACUUCUAUUUUGAGGGUUUUUCAUGAGAAUAUGAGAUAGAUUUUUCUUUAAACGUGAGAGAGAUUAACUUUCCGUGAGUUAGACUCCGAGAGAGAGCCCCAUGGGAAGUUGGUUAAGGGAUAUUUAUACCUCGACUCCUUGCCUUUAAGUCUCCUCAGAUUGGAUGGUGGCGUGUUGUAGCUGACAUAUCAAGCGGCUGACAGUCGAUUAAUCAAUGCAAAAUCGUUUUGCCCAUACUUUUUGACAGGUGUGUUAGGUGACACAUAAUUGUGGAGCAUGCUUAGCCCAUACCCUUUGGCAGUUAUGACAGGUAGUUGAGCAGUCUUUCUACACGCGCAUUUAAUACCUCAGAGAGGGUUAAAGAGGCCUACCAUUGCGUGGGAGGUCCUAUUUUAUCAGGUUUGUGCCCUAGUUUCAUAUCUGGAUGUUCCGGUGGUGUGAAGGUGUGGACGUGUAUUUAAAUGAUUGGAUUGCGAGUUUGGUUUUAUGGGUUAUGGUUUUUCGGAUUGUAUUUAUGGACUGUGGUUUGUGAGCUGUAAUUACUGGACGGUCUGAUUUAUUUGUUACAGAGUGGCUGCUUGGUUUUCUUCUC